AUGUCUGCCGCCAUCGUGACGACCCGCGCCGCCGCGCGCCGCGUCGCAGCCCACUGCCGAGCCACCACUGGCGGCGUAUGCUGCCCCCGCCGAUCCUACCACUCAUACGACCACCCACCGACCGCGGGACCAUUCGGCGGCGCUGAAGAGGCCAUCCUCGCCGCCGCCUACCGACACGUCCCCGAGCACGGCUUCUCCGCGCGUGCGCUCGGCCUUGGCGCCCGCGACGCUGGCUACCUCGACGUCAGCCCCAGUGUGCUCCCCGAUGGCGGCGCCUUUGCGCUGAUCCGGUACCACCUCGUCUCGCAGCGACUGGGACUCGCGAGCGCCUCCGACGCGCUCUUCAAGCAGCAGCAGCAGCAGCAGCAGCGUGUCGGGGUGGGAGCUAAGGUCGCCGCGCUGACCUGGGCUCGCCUGCUCGGCAACAGAGACGUCAUCCAACACUGGCAAGAGGCACUCGCCGUCAUGGCGCAGCCGAGCCACGUUCCCGAGUCGCUCAAGGAGCUCGCCAAGCUGUCCGACGAGAUCUGGUUCCUCGCUGGUGAUACCGCUGUCGACCCUUCGUGGUACUCGAAGCGCGCCACGCUAUCCAUGAUUUACACGACUGCUGAGCUGUUCAUGACUAACGACCGGUCGCCCGACCUCACUGAGACCAACAAGUUCCUCGCCCGCCGGCUCGAGGAGGUGCAGUCGGUCGGCGGCGCCGUCGGGGCCGUCGGGCAGUGGACGGGCUUCACUUUCCAGGCGGCCGUAAAUGUCCUGCGAAGCAAGGGCCUCGGCAUCUAG